GAAGCUCCAAACCCUGAUUCGACAUCACCCCAAAGUCUCACGGCUACGUCCGCCCCAAAUGAUCCAUCAAAGCGAUUGCAUCCUUCUCCAUUGUUCUUGUUCUGCAACAAAACAACCACAUAACACUUACCAAUUCAGCUUCACUUUCCUUGUCUCUAUUAAAAGAAAAGAAGAAGGUCGGCCCUUCUAUUAAAAGAAGGAAAAAAUUGGCCCAAAUCCCAUAUUUGAUUUCUGGUUCACAGACCGAGUAUUAAUCAGGACACGCCACAACCUCAAACCUAAACGAAGACCCCAAAUCCUCCCCACCGGAACUGAAACCCAAAUCCUCACCACCGGAAAUGAACCAACCGAAGAGGCCGAACCCCACAUCCUUACCAUCGGACUUGGACCCCUCAUCCCCCGCCAAGAAGUCGAAGACGAACGGCUCCGAUCAAGAAAACGGCUCCGACCUAGAAUCUUCAUUAGCCGAACUAGGUUGGACUCCCGAAGAUCUAUUACUCACGCCAGAAGAACGGGCCGAAAAGGCUUGGACGGCCUAUUUUGCGAAGAGAGAUCCUAGUCUCAGUAAAGCCUUUCGAAAAGUGGAACUACCAGAAUCUUUACCUGAGGGAUGUGCAUGGGGUUCUUAUGUCCCUGGGAGUGGACAAAAAAAAUUUGUUUAUGUGAUAUGUUGCUAUAACUGUGGCGCGCGUGGUGCUCACUUGACUGAUGACUGCCCAGAUAAGGAUACUGAUGAGGCUAAGGAGUUCAGGAGGGAAUGUCUCACCCUCAGAGUCCCGUCUUCUGGUCAUGAGACAAAGCCCGAGAACAAGUAAUGUAUUAUGUAUGAGUCGUGUUUUAACUGUCUACUCUACUUAUGAAUAUUAUGUAUAAUGUUAGCAAUCCUAUGAUCUACCCAAGUCAAUCUUCUGGUUAUUGGGAA